AUGUCGACGGCCGGCCCCCCCGUCCCCUUUUCGUCGCUCCCACUCAACAAAGCCGACGCGGCGGCGCGGCUCAACGCGUGGGGCGCGUACGGCGAGACGGACGAGCUGGGCUUCCUGAACCGGCAGACGCCCGAGACGGUGGCGGCGGCGGCGGCGUCGGAGAUCAAGAACGGGACGCGGGUGCCGCUGGACGCGCCGCUCGACUUCCAGGGCCAGAAGCCGCUGUUCGGCCGGCAGGUCUUUGUCAAGGACGUGUACCUGAAGAAGCCGCGCGUGGUGCACGACGACACGUGGUCGUUCAACACGCAGAGCUCGACCCAGUGGGACGGCCUGCGCCACUUUGGAUACCAGAAGGCGGGCCGCUUCUACAACGACACCACGGUCGAGGACAUCGCGGGUGCGUCGGCCAAGGGCGCCAAAAACCCGAAUGUCCUGGGGAUUCACAACGCCGUGGAGCACGGCGGCGUCAUGGGCCGCGGCAUCCUCGUCGACUUCCGGCGGUGGAUGGACGAAGGGCCCGGGCGGGAGGUCGUGGGUGACUCGUUCAAGCAGUUCCACACCUCGGCCAUCAAGUUCGAGUGGCUGCUCGAGACGCUCAAGUGGCAGGACAACACGACGCCGCGCUUCGGCGACAUCCUGAUCGUCCGCUCGGGCUUCUUCCAGUCCUACUACGAGAUGGUCAGCACGCCCGAGGGCCAGGCCGAGAUCCAGCGCCUGACCUCCAUGUCGCCCCCCGGUUUAGGGGGUGUCGAGCAGUCCGACGAGGUCCUCCGCUGGAUCUGGGAGCACUUCUCCGCCGUCGCGUCCGACCACCCCAGCUUCGAGCGCUGGCCCACCCCCUACGACUGGAGCAUGCACGAGGUCCUCCUCGCCGGCUGGGGGUGUCACAUUGGCGAGCUGCUCGACCUCGAGGCCCUCAGCAAGGAGUGCGCCCGUCAGCGCCGCUGGAGCUUCUUCGUCGCCAGUGUCCCCUGCUACGUCCCCGGUGGUGUGGCCAGUCCGGUCAACGGAGUUGCUAUUUUCUGA